CAGUGUCCUAAAACUUUUGACAGUGGGUGUACCUGCCUACCCACAGAGGUUUGACUGUGCAUGAAGGGAGGCCUGCCAGUAAGGAGCAUUCCAGCAGUUAAGCUGCAUGUUCAGACAGGAAUGGUCUGAUCUUCCUGAUGUUUUACGGGGAGAAUCAACAAAACUGAGUAACAGAGGACACAGGAGCUUUGAGGCGACAAUCUGAGCGUGUGAGAAAACAGCAGCAAACAGAAAAAGACGAAUCCAACAUUAAAAUGUGAUUUCUUUCUGGUGGGUUUCCAGCAGAGGGCAGCAUGGCAGCAGCACCUGACAAAGAUGUUGAGGUACCAGUGAAGAGGAGAGGGAGCACUGAACUUCUGCGUCCUGAUAUGUCUGAGCUGAGGGUUGUUCUGUUGGGGAACAGCUGGUCUGAGAGGAGUUCUGUGGGGAACUUAUUACUGGAAGAAACUGUGUUCAACACUGAGGAAGAACCAAACCAAUGUCUGAGAGUCAGUGGACAGAUACAGGAGAAGAAAAUAGUCCUCAUCAACACUCCAGAUCUGCUGAAUCCAUACAUCUCUGAAGACAAACUAAGAGAACAUGUAGAACUCUGUGUGAGACUCUCUGAUCCUGGACCUCAUGUGUUCCUGCUGGUUCUACAGCCUGAAGACUUCACUGAGGAACACAGACUGAGGAUCUGCAGAGUCCUGGAACUAUUCAGUGAUCAAUCAUUUGAUCGAUCACUGGUUCUGGUAUCAGCAUCCAGAGAGGAGAGUCCAGGUCUCCUAGAAAACUACUUGCAACAUCCACUGUUAGGAGACAUUAUCAGAAAAUGUAGUCAGAAGUUGUUGUGGCAGAAGAACGUCAAACGUUCAGACUUGUUGAGCAUCAUGGACAGAAUUGUGGAGCAGAAUGACGAAGAUCAUGAGAGCUGUGAUGUAUCUGAGUUAGCCAGUGGUCAUGGAAACCAGAAACCAGAGGAUCCUGGCAGAGCUGGUGCAGUGAAAUCUAUCUGGCAUUCAGCAACAAGCUUGGGCUCCAGGUUAAUCUCUUACAUACCAGGAACUGCAUCAUCACUGGAAAGUCAAACCAGCCAGGCAUCUGAAUUCAGGAUUGUGCUGCUGGGAAAAAAUGAAAAGGAGAAAACAAAAUUUGGCAAAUUCAUCAUUCGAGAUCAAACUUUUGAUUUACGGAAAUCAAACCAGCGUUGUGUGGCCCUCUGUGGAGAGCUGGAAGGAAAAUGUGUAACAGUUGUGAAGACACCAGAUCUCUUCAGUUUUCCUGAGCAGAAAGUGAGAGGAGAGGUAAAAAGAUGCAUCAGUCUGAACCUUCCUGGACCAAAUGUUCUGCUGCUGUUAGUGAAGCCGUCUGAGUUUAAGGAAAAGGACGAAGAAAAACUGAAGUUCAUCCUGAGUCUGUUUGGUGAAGACGCCUUCAAACACUCCAUGGUCAUCAUGACUCAGGAGGGGAAAACAACAAGUUCAUCUGUGAACUGGCUUCUUGAAAAAUGUGGACAAAGACAAUUCAGCUGGAAUAAUAAGAAUCAUGGACUGUUUAUGGAGAAGAUCAAGAACAUUGUGCAAGAAAACAAAGAAACCUUCCUCACCUUUACCGAAGUGACAAGAAGACCGAAGUCUGAACCCAUCAAACCUCCUCUGAACCUGGUCCUGUGUGGUAGAAGAGGAGCUGAGAAGACUUCAGCAGUCAAUGCUAUUCUGGGACAAAGAAAGUUUGGUCGACCUGAAGACUCAUCAGAGUGUGUUAAAACCCAGGGAGAGGUGUGUGGACGUCGGGUUUCCCUGCUGGAGCUGCCUGCCUUGUAUGGAAAACCUCAGGAGGCAGUGAUGGAGGAAUCAUUCAGGUGUAUCUCCCUCUGUGAUCCUGAGGGCGUCCAUGCCUUCAUCCUGGUCCUACCUGUGGGUCCCCUCACUGAUGAAGACAAGGGAGAGUUAGAGACCAUCCAGAACACAUUCAGCUCUAAAGUCACAGACUUCACCCUGAUUCUGUUCACUGUGGAGUCAGAUCCUACAGCUCCAGCUGUUGUUAACUUUAUAAAGAGCAGAGACAUCCAGGAGCUCUGUCAGAGCUGUGGAGGAAGAUCUGUUGUUGUCAACAUGAAGGACAAGCAGCAGAUCCCAGAGCUGCUGGAUCAAGUGGACAAGAUGAGACUGUCAGAUCAGAAACCUCACAGCUACACAACAGGAACGUUUGCUCAUGGGCAAAUGGAAAAGAACCUAAAACUGGAGGCUGAAAACAAGAAACUGAAAAACCCUCAUGUGGUCACCUGUGAUGAAGAGCAACAGAGCUCAGAGAGUCUCAGGAUUGUUCUGAUUGGGAAGACUGGCAGUGGAAAGAGUUCUUCAGGAAACACCAUUCUGGGAAGAAGAGAGUUUGAAGCUCUACCAAGUCAAACUUCAGUCACCAAACGUUGUCAGAAGUCAGUGGGUGAAGUGGACGGACGUCCUGUUGUCGUGGUCGACACUCCUGGACUGUUUGAUAACAGUUUAACUCCUGAUCAGGUUCAUGAAGAGAUGUUAAAAUGCAUCAGUCUUCUGUCUCCAGGACCACAUGUCUUCCUGCUGGUGUUACAGAUCGGCAGACUCACACCAGAGGAGAAGGAGACAUUAAAUUUGAUCAAGAAAAGUUUUGGGAAGAAUUCUGAAAAAUUCACCGUCAUUCUUUUCACAAGAGGAGAUUCAUUAAAACAUGCGAAUCAGUCCAUUGAAGAAUACAUUGAAAAGCAAUGUGAUGAUUCCUUCAAGAAGUUGAUCUCUGACUGUGGAAGAAGAUACCACAUGUUCAAUAACUAUGAUGAACAAAAUAGAACACAAGUCAGUGAGCUGAUAACAAAGAUCGACACCAUGGUGAAGAAAAAUGGAGGAAGCUGCUUCACCAACGAGAUGCUGCAAGAAGCUGAAGCAGCGAUACGGAAAGAAAUGAAGAAAAUCCUGAAGGAGAAAGAAGAAGAAAUGAAGAGAAUGAUGGAGGAGCUGGAAAGAAAACAUGAGGAAGAAAUUAAUAAGAUGAAAAUAGCAAUGGAAAGAGAGAAAGAAAAAAUUCAGCAGGAAAGAGACCUGAAGCUUAAAAAAAUGGAGGAAAACAUCAACAAGGAGCGUGAGCAGAGGAAGAAAGAACGAGAAGACAGAGAACGAGAAGAACAGAAAAGGAAAACUGAAGAAGAAAGUCAGCGACAGAAUCUAAAAAUGGAGCUUGAAAAGUUGGACAGACAAAUUCAGUCAGAAAAAGAGGAAAAGAAAAAACUGGAAGAGACCAGAGACGAGAUGAGAAAGAAACAAGAAGCCUGGGAGGAAGAACAAAGAGAGUGGUGGAAGAAACAGAAACAAGAAGAUGAAGACAGACAACAGGAGGAGAAAAGAAAAAUAGAAGAACUUCAGGAGAAGUUCAAGCAGAAACAAGAUGAAUAUGAAAAUAAGAGAAGAGAAGAAGAACAAAUCAGGAGAGAACAAGAAGAAAAAGAACGGAAACAGUUGAAGGAAAAACUAGAAAAUUUGAAGAAGACGUAUGAGGAGGAAGCCAGGAGGAAAGCUGAAGAGUUCAAUGAAUACAUCAAAGAAUCUACAGCUCAGAGGCAGCAUCAUGAAGAACAACUGAAAGAUAAAGAUGAGAAGUAUGACCUGUUAAAGGCACUGGCAGCUCACAAGGAAAAAGUAAAGAGGGAAAAAUAUCAAGAUGAUAUUUAUAACUUGGUGAAGUGUGUGUCCAAGAAGAGGGACAACCUGAAAAGAAUCAAGGACUUGCUGACAACACAUGAGAACCAAAUGAAGAAGGCCACAACUGAGGAGGAAAAAGAAAACCUGCAGAGUAUUCAUGAAAGAGAAAUGAGUGGCCUGAUCCAGGAUCUUCUGGAAGAAGUUGAGACAAAAUCCUCCUGUUCCAUUUUAUGAGGGAAAGUACAAACUGAAGCCAAAGAACUUCACGUCUAUUUUACUGAAACAUAAUUAUUUUAUCUGUACUAUUCAGGGUCUUCGUUACAUUUUGUUUUGUAAAGUUUUUUAAAUCUUAGUGGCAUGUCUGUUUCUAUUUUUGUGUCUUUCCAUCUUACAGAGUUUAAGUAAUGGACCGUGCAAAAGUAUUUGACAAUUGGGUUCAUUCUCACCAUCCACACUCGUAUAUAACUACUGCCAUGCUUGCUGAAUCUAAACAUCACUAAAUAGAACCUGUCUGGAUUUGUGAAGCAGCAAAAAGGCCUCAAAAAGCAGCACAUGAUGACAUUCUAAAGAGAUUCGAAAACAGAUGCAAGUCGAAUUCACUGACAUUUAUCAAUCUGGAGGGUUCCAAAGCCAUGCCAAGACUCUGGGAGUCCAGAGAACCACAGUCAGAGACAUUAUCCACAAAUGGAAAAACAUGGAACAGUGGUGAAACUUCCCAGGAGUGGACCAACAACCAACAGUCCUCCAAGAGAGCGUCAACAUCUAAUCCAGGAGUCACAAAAGAACCCAGACAAACAUCAAAAGAACUGCAGACCUCACUGGCCUCAGUUCAGGUCUAUCUGCAUGAAACACUGAGCGAUUAAGGCAUCUGUGGGAGAGUUGCAAGACGCAAACCAGUAAUGAUCAAAAAGAGCAUAAAAAUUUGUCCGGCAUUUAAACGAAAAUAUCUGGACGAGCCAAAAGACUUUUGAGAUAAAUUCCUGUGGACUGAUGAGUCAAAGGUGUAACUUUCUGAAAGACAUGAGUCAUUUCCAUCUGGUGUAAAGCCAAUACUGAAUUUUACAAGAGGAACAUGAUGCCAGCAGUGAAACAUGACAGUGGUAGUGUGAUGGUUGGAGGACCUGGAUGACGUCUGCUGUCUGUCAGAAACUCGUCCUGAAGAAUAGUCACCAUCAGUUCAUGACCUGAAGCUCAAGCCAAAUGAUUUGUACAGGAUGACAGAGACCCAAAGCACGCAAGCAAGUCCACCUCUGAAGGCUCAAAAAGAAUAAAAUGAAGGUUCUGGAGGGGCCGACUCAAAGUCUGGACCGAACCUAAUUGAGAUGCUGUGACAAGACCUUAAAAGGACAACUCAUGAUGGAAAACUGUCUAAUGUGACCAAAUUAAAACUUUUCUGCAGAAUGGACCGAGCUUCAGUCCAGCAGAUGCACGGGACCAACAUGGCUCAGUUGCAGACUUUCCCUUUUAUGAUGAAAACAGUUCAGCAAAAAGUAUUUCUGAAAACAUUUGACACAAGAAAUAAUCUGUGCUGAAUCUGUCCUCAUUUUAGUUCAAUGGCAGCUGGUUUAGAUGUUUGACAAAUGUCGAAAUGACGCAAGGCACUGGACCUCUGUUUGAGGAGCUGUGACCUGCACCGGAUCGCAGCUCGAAACACACCACAAUGGAACCAACGUGCAACACGGUGCCUUUCACAUAGACAAGGAUGAGGGAAAUGGACAGGUCCUGUGGACAUGUACCAUAAAAGACUGAUCACAGGCUGCAACAAACAUUUGUUCCAGUUAUUGCUGCCAAGGGUGGACUAGCCCAUUAUUAGGUUUACGGGGGGAAUUACUUUUUACAGAGGUGAUAUGGGUUUUCAAUAAUUCUUCAUAAAAUUAAACCGUAAUUUAAAAACUUAGUUUUGUGGGUUAUCUCUGUCUAACAUUGAACAAAUAUGAAUAUUAGUUUGAUGAUCUGAAAGAUUGAAGUGUAAAAAAUAUGCAAACAUAGAGGAUUUCUGUAGGGGGACAAAAAUUUAUGCACAACACUGUAUAAAAAGGAGGCAAAAUGAGUUAACAUUGCAGUGAUAAUGACACUUUGUUCUAUUUUCUUCUGUACCAUUUUGUUGGGAACUUUAAAGAGACUUUGAGGUUUUAUUAAUAAUAGUUUUUAGUUACAUUGAACUAUGAGAAAGCACAUGUUUGUGAAAUCAAAUAUGACAACAAAUAUCCAAAUUAAACAUUAAAAGCAAAUGAAUCAAAAUGAUAAAACUCAUAUGAUAGAAAUAUAUUUUGAUAUGUUCCAUUGUUUUGCCACACGUCAAAUAGUGCUGGAUGCUUUAUAACUGGUUGGAUAAGCUUAAAGGCAUUAUGGAGGAUGUUUUUAUGUUAUAUUUGUCUGAUUCACAUAAAAUGAAUAUACUGACCUUUAGUGGACUUGUAUGUAUGGUCUCUAAAAGAAUAAAAAAUAAAAUAACUGUGGACAUGGCAGGACCUGAAAAACAUCAGCCAAUCAUUGCACUCGGACCGAGGCGUUUGGUUUGCUCCCUUUCCUGUCAAUCAAAAACCUUCCGGCUCAGGCCUAGUUACGUAGAUUACGUACGCCUUGGACUUACGUGUUUUGUGUAUGUGUUGCUUUGGUAUAACUUCGUAGUUAGCUGGUGACUUGUUUUGCUCAUCUUUUUUUACAUGAUGGCAGAUAAAGAUCCAGGGGGACCCAGCCGUAAAAGACAACUUCACGAGUCCUACGCAAGUUUCUGGAGGGGGGCGUUUCUUUGUAAAUGUUAAGAAGGGGGAGGGUAGAGGGGGGUGAGGGAGAGGUUGUAUGUGCGCAUGCUACGUUCAAAGUCGUAGGAAAUUAAAUCUCCUCUCAUGCCUUUAAGACAUUAAUUUUCAUACUUUUUUUUCUGUAUUGAUCUUUGCUUUAUGUAUCUGUCAUUAUUGUAAAAUGUGAAUAUUUGGCUUUAAAACAGCGCCAGUUUUCCUGAGAUCUCCUCCUAUCUUUGUGUUUUGUACAAAAAUUGAACUUCUGUUAGAAGCUGUUUAACUUGGUUAGAAGUUACUCGUCUCUUGUUUUCUGUUCUGUAGUCAUUUAAAAAUGGUUGCCAGCUGAUAUUUGUUCCUCGGCACUUGUUGGUUUAAUUUCAUUUCACUUGUUUGCGGAUUACUUUUGUUCGUCACAUGGGUGUUGCUGUUGUAUCUUUAAGUUCGGCUCGGGAGUUUACUGUUAUUUUGUUUUAGCGAGUUUUUACAACUCUGUUCACCUUCUUUGGGUUUUAAUUGGUUCUUUGAGUUAGCAACACCCACCUGACCUGUUUUCUUUGUUCUAAUUAUCACCUUUCUUUUGUUAAUUAUGUCACUAAGCAAUAAAUUGUCUGACUAAACCAAGAA